CUUCGAUUCCGGUUUUUCCCACAGCGCCUGAAUGUAGCAAAGAGCUCCUGGUGACGGAGAGGAGGCAGAAAAGCGGCAGGGAGCUGCCAGCAUCGUCUCAUACCGUCGCAGGACAGAAAGCUCCGUGUCCGCGGAGAUAUGGAGACGCCGGCGAGAAUAGCAGCCACACCGGACGCCCUGGACUUCACGGUGGAAAACGUAGAGAAGGCCCUCCACCAGUUGUACUAUGAUCCCAAUAUAGAAAACAAGAAUCUGGCCCAGAAAUGGCUAAUGCAGGCUCAGGUCUCGCCUCAGGCUUGGCAGUUUUGCUGGGCCCUACUGAGCCCAGAUAAGGUGCCAGAGAUCCAAUACUUUGGUGCCAGCGCACUUCACACCAAGAUUUCUCGGUACUGGUCCGACAUCCCCACAGACCAGUAUGAGUCUCUGAAGAGCCAGCUGUUUUCCCAGAUUGCAUGCUUCUCCUCUGGCUCCAAGAUGGUGCUCACCCGGCUGUGUGUGGCGCUGGCCUCUCUGGCACUUAACACAAUGCCUGAGGCCUGGCCUGGCGCAGUGGCAGAGAUGGUGCGGGUGUUUCAAGAGGAAGGGGGAGGGGUGGAUGGACGGGCACGCUGCCUGGCAUUGCUGGAGCUGCUCACCGUCCUGCCCGAGGAGUUCCAGACCAGCCGCCUGCCACAGUACCGAAAGGGACAGGUUCGGGGAGCCCUGGGCCGGGAGUGGGGGUCAGUGUGUCCCUUAUUGCAACAAUUGCUUCGAAGGACGGACAGCCCAGGGGCAGUGAAAGCUCGCGUGCUGCGCUGCCUGUCAUCGUGGGUGCUGCUGGAUGUGCCCCUCAGCGAGAGCGAAGGCCUGGUGCACGACUGCUUCAGCGCCCUCCCUGACCCAGAGCUCUUCGACACAGCGGUGGAGGCGAUAGUUAAUGCCAUCUCGCAACCCGACUCCCAAAGAUAUGUGAACACUUUGCUGAAACUGGUUCCUCAAGUGCUGGCCCUCCAGGAGCAGCUCCGAGAGGCUGUUCAGAAUGGAGACAUGGAGACGUGUCACGGUAUCUGCCGGAUCGCUGUAACACUGGGAGAGAACCACUCCAGGACUCUGUUGGAGCAGGUGGAUCACUGGCAGAGCUUCCUGGCUUUAGUCAACAUGAUCAUGUUUUGUACAGGCAUCCCCGGCCACUACCCGGUCAAUGAAACCACCAGCUCCCUCACACUCACCUUCUGGUACACACUUCAAGAUGAAAUCAUGUCCUUUGAGUCGGAUAAGCAGGCAGUUUAUCUGCAGGUCUACAGACCAGUGUAUUUCCAACUGGUGGAUGUUCUGCUGCACAAAGCUCAGUUUCCCUCUGACCAGGAGUAUGCAUCGUGGUCCUCAGACGAAAAGGAGCAGUUCAGGAUCUACAGGGUGGACAUCUCAGACACACUUAUGUACGUGUAUGAGAUGCUGGGAGCAGAGCUGCUGAGUAACCUGUACGAUAAACUAGGGAGACUGUUGACUAAUGCAGAGCAGCCCACAUCAUGGCAGCACACAGAAGCUUUGCUAUACGGCUUCCAGUCCAUAGCUGAGACGAUAGAUGUGAAUUACUCCGACGUCAUCCCGGGCCUGAUAGGACUCAUCCCGAGAAUCAACAUCAACAACGUCCAGUUAGCAGACACAGUGAUGUUCACGAUAGGUGCUCUGGCUGAAUGGUUGGCAGACCACCCCGUGAUGCUCAGCAGUGUCCUCCCCUUGGUGCUACAAGCUUUAGGGAAUCCAGACCUCUCUGUUUCUUCUGUCUCGACACUCAAGAAAAUCUGUAGGGAAUGUAAAUACGACCUGCCACCAUACGCAACCAACAUAGUUGCCGUCUCUCAGGAGGUGCUUAUAAAGCAGAUCCACAAGACGAGUCAGUGUAUGUGGCUGAUGCAGGCUCUCGGCUUCCUGCUCUCGGCUCUCCCGGUGGAAGACAUCUUAAGAAACCUUCACUCCCUCAUCACUCCAUACAUUCAGCAACUGGAGAAGCUAGCAGAUGAGACGCCUAAUCCCUCCAAUAAGCUUGCAAUCAUACACAUCUUGGGGCUGCUGUCCAACCUGUUCACUACGCUCGACAUCAGCAAGCAGGAUGACGAGUCAGCAGACAGCUCAGCGCCACCUGUCAAAACAGCUCCACCUCCACCUGGACCAAACCCGGUGGUGGUGGUUUUGCAGCAAGUCUUUGCCCUUAUACAGACAGUACUCAGCAAGUGGCUCAACGACUCGCAGGUUGUUGAGGCGGUGUGUGCCAUCUUCGAGAAGUCUGUGAAAACUCUUCUCCACGACUUUGCUCCGAUGGUUUCUCAGCUAAGCGAGAUGCUUGGGCAGAUGUACGGUACAAUUCCCCAGGCCUCGGCCCUCGACCUCACACGACAGAUGGUGCAUAUCUUUGCCAGUGAGACAGACCACUUCCCACCCAUCAAGGCUCUGUUUGAGCUGGUUACCUCGGUAACACUGUCCAUCUUCCAGCAAGGACCCAGGGAUCAUCCUGAUAUUGUUGAUUCAUUUAUGCAACUCCAAGCUCAGGCCCUCAAACGGAAGCCCGAUUUGUUCUUGUCUGAGAGUCUUGACGUGAAAGCAGUGUUCCACUGUGGAGUUUUGUCACUCAAAUUUCCUGAGGCUCCGACAGUCAAGUCGACGUGCUUGUUCUUUACUGAACUGUUACCCCACUGCUCAGAUGUGCCUCCAUUAGCCAGAGUGGUGCAGGAGGACGGCAAGCUGUUGGUGCAGGCCGUUCUGGAGGGCAUCGGGGGCGGGGCAUCUCGGAGUCUGAUGGACCAGUUUGCAGAGGUGCUGUUCUGUCUGAACAAGCACUGCUUCUCUCUGCUCACCGUGUGGUUGAAAGAAGCUCUGCAGCCUCCAGGAUUUCCGUCAUCACGGGUCACAGCUGAGCAGAAAGACAACUUCUCACAGCAGAUACUCAGAGAACGAGUGAACAAGAGGAGGGUGAAGGACAUAGUGAAGGAGUUCACACUAUUGUGCAGAGGUCUCCAUGGCACAGAGUACGCCGCUGAAUACUAAACUCUACCUGGGAACUCUCACCUAACCGUGACCUCUGUCCUCAGUGCAAAACAGCCGGAUGCCACAACAACACCGUUCUCUCCAACCCCAUCAGCGAAGAUAUCAUGAUUGUACUGAUAAACCCACACCAUCGCAGGACAAGACAUGGAAGCAUUCCAGCACAGACCUGCCAUCGGAUUAAUGGACAAACAUUAAAUCCCUGGUGGCUUUAGAAGGCCAUCCUCUGUGCUCCAACGAUUUUUCUUUUUGUUAAGAGAUUGAUUGUUUCUCCCUCCUUCCUCUCAACUCUUAUUUAAAGGUCUUUUUGUUGGAAGAACUUUGAGCAGCACACCCAGCAUGCUGCCUCACGCCUCCUCCUAUCUCUGUCUUGUCCUGCCUUUCUAGAUCUUCCUGGGGUUUCCUAGGUUGUUUCCUGGUGAUUAGCAUCCAUAUGAAAUGAUAGUGGUAUCGUACGUAGCUACUUGACAUUAUUUUUCAGAAUAAAUCAAAUUAAUUAUUUAAAUGUAUAUGUAUACACACAUAGAAAGAUAGUGGUUUUCAGUCCUGCUGCUGCUAAUGGAAAGAGAGAAGGACCAAUGUCAGGAGGGGAUUCUGCAGGAAGAACGACAUUAAUACAAUAAUAUUUACUCCUUGUCAUGCCCCUAUGAUAUCUGCAUUUGCCAAAUUAUCAUGAAUAGUUUUGUGGAUUUGUCUUUUUUUUUUUGUUAGUUUUUUUGUUUGUUUUUUAAUCAAUGCCUUUUAGGGGGUAUGAGUGGAGACAGAAAGACUGCGUAACCAGGACUAAAGACAGUCUGCUUUUGUGCCCAGCCCUCUACGUAUGGGGUUGUACCUCAUGUACAUACAAUCCCACCAAGUCCUACUGCAGUCUCCUCGGGUCGUAGAUCGUGGUUUUUAUUCAGUGGUCCCUUAGAUAAAGCAGGACUGCCUGGAGCGAUGGCUGGACGGAAAAUGGACUAAAGUAGCUGGAGGCGAAGGAAAAGGCACAAGAUGGAAACUGAGAAGGGAACUGAGCGUUUGGAGGGAUUAAUAAUCCUGACGGUGGACUGCUUAGUCACUGUAAUCGUGCAAAAAUAUUAAUCAAGUUGUGCAUAUUAACAGUUUUUGCUGAACACUUCUGUGUAUUUGAGUGUAUGCGUGUGUUCAUACCUGUAUGUAUGAGAAGUUGUGCGUGCACAGAUGUAUCUUUUUCCACUUGUUCAGUGCACUUAUAUCGGACCUACAGUACACAUGCACCCCCCCCCACCCUGUCUUUUAAACAAAGAGCCUGUUCAUUUCUUCACCACUCUUUCAGACUAUUCUUCAUAAAGACUGACCAGGCACGUCCAGUAUUUCCCCUCUGCUGCUCACCAGCAACUCAUCUAUUAAACCUCCUUAUCAUCCGGAUAAUCAAUGACCAGACUCAACCGUCUAUCUGUUAUUGACACCGACUACUGCUGUCAACAAAAUGAAAAAAAAAGCUUGUGUACAAGCUACCCAGAACCCUUUCACCCAUCUGGGUCACUGCCUUGGAGAGGACCGAGAAGGAUUAGAACAUGUAAGACCUCUGAGAAAGUUACUCUACACCGACAUUCUGUGCUCAUCCGUUAUUCCUGAGACGUUAUUGGUGAAGUGAUGGCUGUAAAAUACAACGUCUUGUGAACCAGCAGGAGCAGACAUCUAACAACUCUCGGCAUUGAAAUGUACUUUGUGGUCUCUGAUAAAACUUUAUCUCAGUCUAAUCCCUCUGUCUUAUCCGAGGUGCCUGCAGACAUGUAGCAUGUAUGUGUUUUGUGGGGGGGUUUUGGGGCUCAGGGGACAAACAUAACACGGUGUGUCAGGCUGCAGAAAGACGUGAUUUAGACCGAGACUGGAGGCGGGAAUCGGCUCUGCAGUGAGCUGUUCAGCUUCAGAGGCUGAACUGUGAAUGAUUCGAUGUGCGUUCAUUGCUGAUCCCUGGUCUGUAUUGUCUUGUUCUGAGGUGAGAAAAUGAACAAUGUUUGUCACAGUUUAAAGAAAGAGGUGAAGAUGGAGGAGGGGAGGGAGGUUUGAAAAUGUACAUUAUUUUUUUUUGUACCUUGGCUUUAAUUUAUUAAAUAUAUCUAAGACUGCAGCUCUUGA